AUGCUGCUGGAGGAGGAUCCCGCUACUCUCAUCCACCAUACAAUAACCAACUUCAACAUCCAGCCGGACAAGCUUGCGCUGGCUCGGAUCAACGACUCGCUCUCGUCUCUGCAGCAGUCGCGGGAGCUGCGCUUCCAGGAGGUCGAGAACUCGCUGCGGAAGCUCUCGCGGCAGCUCAGCACGCUCAACGCCCAGCACAAGGAGACCGUCGAGUCGCAUGAUCCCGCCCGCCAUGCUGCGUCCAUCGUCGAGCUGGACACCGAGAAGUUCCGCAUAGCAAAGGCUGCGUCUGAGCUGGAGAUCGAGAGCGAGCGGCUGGAGGCCCAGCUGGAGUCGCUGAAGGCCCGGCUGGCGGAGCUGGACGCGCAGGGCCUCGAGGGGGACGAGCAUGCCAGGCGAGAACGCGAGGCCGACGAUGCUACCAUACUACGGCUCAAGAUAUACCGGUCCCUGGGCAUCGAUGUCGACACGGACGAGGCAGGGAACUACAACAAGGCUAUCAUCCGCAACAGCCGAAAGGGAGACGUCCACGUCGUCAACAUCGACCCCAAGUUCUCACGGUUCUUCUAUGCGAACUACUUCUGGCAGGCCAUGUAG